AUGUCGGUGGCUGUAAGUGCUGCGUACCCUGAGCUCGACGAUAUCCAGCCGGCCCCGCCGCGGCCUUGGUCGACGCGGUGGACAGGCAUACCUAUGCCCGAUGUCAUCCGACGUCUCUUCCGCCAGUUCCCGCGGCAUGUGUGGCCGCCCGCGCAAGCCGUGCUGAGCGACGACGACGCAGGGCGCGUACCCAAGCGCCUCGUGCUGCAUGUGACGCCCGCGCUUCCUCGUGCCGAGAAUUCGUGGGCAAGCGCUGAUCCCGUGUGUCUACGCUGGCAGAUGGAGCUCCUGUUCCGUGGAGCCUCGUUCGACUGCGAGCCAGCUACCGAGAUGUACUGGACCCCCGAUGGCCAAUUGCCCGUGGCUGAACUGCCACCUGGUGAGCGCAUGCCGCGUCAGAGCGGCACAUCACAGCCUCCGCUGCUGGGCAGCGCGGCUCUGACUCACUAUGUCGACAACUACCUACCGUUCUCACGGCCAGAGACGGACGAGAAGGCCGUGUGGCCCGACAAGGUCGCCGAUGAGGUGCUGCUGUGGCAAAACCUUCUCGAGGGCCGUAUCAUGGCUGGUACUUUGCUUGCGUGUCUCCGGGCCGGCGUCUAUGCGCCGCCGCCUACCCAGGCGCCCCUGCUGCGCCGCUGGCUCUCCGGUAUGCUCCCUGGCGAAGUGACCGCGGAACAAGCAGCGCUUGCGCGACUUGCACGCCUUAGCACAUCAGGUGCAUCGCCCAGCAGUUUAGUUGCCGUCUUUGGCCGUGACCCGCUCGCAGAUACUCGCAACCCACUGGCGCUGGUCCCGGGCUAUUCGGUGGACUGGGUCGGUUUUCUCAGUGGAAACACGGACUACAGCGCGCCUGACGCAGCGACAGCAGACUAUGUGCCACCUGGCCUGCGCAUUGACCAGGAUGCCAUUGUCCGCGAUGCGGUCGAGGCGCUCGAGGCCGUCGCUACGCGUCUCGAGGCGCAAAGUGCCCCGCAAGGAAGCGACACAUGGUUCCUUGGCGCGUCUCGUCCGACGCAUCUAGAUGCGCUCCUCUUUGCGGUCUUGUACACCCUGGCUAUGCUGCCUGCCGAUGCCAUUCCAGCGCUCACACCCGUGAGUCACGACCCGCUGUUUGUCACCGACCAGCCCCGCUCGCACCUCUCAUUGCAUCCCAUGCCCCUCCCUGAGACAACCAAAGAUAUUUUGGCCGGUACGGCUGGUGGUAUUGCGCAGGUCCUUGUUGGCCAACCCUUUGAUAUCGUCAAGGUGCGCGUGCAGACUGCGCCUCCCGGCUACUUCAAGGGUGUGGGUGACUGCAUUGCUCACAUUCUCAAGGACGAGGGCGCUAGGGCGUUCUACAAGGGCACGACCAUGCCGCUGAUUGGUGUAGGUGCCUGUGUCUCGAUCCAAUUUGGUGUGGUGCAGUACUUUAAGCGCCUGUUUGGCGAUAAGAAUGCGUCGCGUGGUCGCCAGGACCUCACGAAUGUGCAGCUGUACACGUCGGGCCUGGCGGGCGGUAUUGCGAACAGUGUGCUCGCCGGCCCCAUUGAGCAAGUGCGUAUUCGCAUGCAGACGCAAAAAGGGAAUGAGCUGCGUGGUCCCUUUGAUGCCGUCCGUCAGAUCGUUGCGCGCAGCGGCGUUACCGGCGUGUUCCGCGGCAUGGGCCCCACCGUACUGCGUGAAGGCCAUGGCAUGGGCAUCUAUUUCCUGACCUACGAGUACCUGGUGCAGAAGAAGCUCCAGGCCAGUCAAAUUACACGCGACCAGCUGCCUAACACCACGUCGAUGUUUGCUGGUGCGGCGGCCGGCACGGUGCUCUGGCUCAUGGUGUAUCCCAUCGAUGUUGUCAAAUCGUAUCUGCAGACCGACGCGAUCGACCCGGCCAAGCGCCGCUUCCGCUCGUCGCUCGAUGUGAUCCGCCACAUUUACCAGAACAGCGGCGUCCGUGGCUUUGUGCGUGGCAUCGAGCCCACGCUCAUCAGGGUGCGUACAUGCGACUGA